AUGGCCGGCUUCUUCUCGAACCACUCCCAGUCCCGCUUCCUCGCCAACUCGAACGCGUCCUCGCAGACAGCGACGGCGACGACGGCCGGCGCGCCGGGUGCCGGGGGCGCGGGCGCGGGCGCAGGAGGAGGAGGAGGGGCGCCCGCCCGCCCGCGCCUGCCGUCCUCGAAGCACUUCUCCACCUUCGUCUCCACCACCGCCGCGGGGGAUGAGAAGGCGCAGGGGAAGGACAAGGCCGCCGGUGCCGGCGCCGCGAACGGGAGCGCAACCGUUCACCCACUCCGAAAUACCUGGGUGUUCUGGUUCCGCCAACAGCGCGCCCCGGGGAACAAAAUCACCAACUAUGAGGAGGGGAUCAAAAAGAUAUCGGCGUUCAGCUCGGUGGAGUCGUACUGGUCGCUCUGGACACACGUGCACCCGCCGUCGUCGCUGCUGCCCACGACUGACUACCUCCUCUUCCACUCGGGCGUGCGCCGGCCGGUGUGGGAGGACCCACUCAACCUGUCUGGAGGAAAGUGGAUCAUUCGGCUGCGCAAGGGCGUCGCGGACCGCCUCUGGGAGGACCUUGUGCUCGCCGUGAUCGGCGACCAGUUCGAGGGCGUCGCGGACCCGGGCGAGGGCGGUGGUGAGGAGGGUGUGCCCCCCGGGGAGUGGCCUGAAGUGUGCGGGUGCACGAUCAGCGUGCGGCAGAACGAGGACAUCAUCUCACUUUGGAACCGCCACGACUCGAACGCGAAGUCGAAGGAAAAGAUCAAGGAAACGAUCCGGAGGGUACUUAACCUGCCGCCCUCGACGAUUAUGGAGUACAAGUCGAACAACGAUUCCAUGCAGGAUAAGUCCAGCUUCAGGGUCAACCCUACGGAUCGCACCCCGCUCUCAUGA